AUGGAAUACAGCAGAUUUGAGAUUCACUACGGCCUUGCUUUCAUUUUUCUUGCCCUCCUCCCCGUCUAUGGAGACGUGAGUUACUCUGUUCCGGAAGAAAUGAACCGUGGAUCUGUAAUCGGAAAUAUUGCAAAGGAUCUGGGACUUGAUUUGGGCAGACUGUCCGCUCGCAAAGCCCGAAUUGAUACAGAGGACAACAAUGUUAAGUACUGCAGUGUAAAUCUGAAUACUGGGGACUUGAUUGUUCAAGAAAGGAUUGAUAGAGAAGGGCUUUGUGCGAAAAAGGCAUCGUGUGUUCUAAAACAGGAACUCGUUAUGGAAAAUCCAUUAGAACUGCACCGUAUUAGUAUCCGUGUUCAGGAUAUCAAUGAUAAUUCACCACAGUUUAAGGAGGAUUCACUUAAGAUUGAAAUUCAAGAAUCGGCAGUCAAGGGCUCGCGCUUUCUGCUAGAUGAAGCACACGAUGGAGAUAUCGGAGAAAAUGCUGUUCAGGGCUACUCACUUCAAGAGAACGAACAUUUCAAACUGAACGUUAAGUCAAAAGGCAGUGGAAGAAAAUAUGGGGAACUAGUCUUAGACAAAGAAUUAGACAGAGAGGACAAAAACGAGAUUAUGCUGUUGCUUAGCGCAUUUGAUGGUGGCUCUCCUCAGAGAUCAGGCACUGUGGUCAUACACGUCACUGUCCUGGAUGCUAAUGAUAAUGUACCAGUGUUUAGCCAGACCGUCUAUAAAGCCAGUCUGCCUGAAAACUCCCCUCUAGAUACACUGGUGAUCACAGUGAGUGCAACUGAUGCAGACGAGGGAGUGAACGGUGAAGUUACUUACGGAUUUGAUCAUGUUUCAGAUGAACACCAUGUUUUCUCUUUAAACUCUAAAACCGGAGACGUUAGAGUGGCUGGAGCCAUUGAUUAUGAAAAAGAAUGGUCUUAUGAAAUGCAGAUCAGCGCCAAAGAUGGUCUGGGAUCGGCGUCAUAUGCAACUCUAAUAAUUGAAGUUACUGAUAUGAAUGAUAAUGCCCCAGUUAUAUAUCUGAAAUCACUGUCCAACCCCAUACCUGAGAACGUGUCACCUGGUACAGAGGUGGGCAUCAUUAACGUGCAGGACAGAGACUCAGAGAAUAACAGACAGGUCCGCUGCUCCAUUCAGCAGAAUGUCCCUUUUAAGUUGGUUCCUUCUAUUAAAAACUAUUAUUCUCUGGUGACCACAGGACAACUGGACCGUGAACUAGUGUCUGAUUACAACAUUACAAUCACUGCCACUGACGAGGGCUCUCCACCUCUGUCCUCCUCUAAAACUGUUGAGUUAUCUGUAGCUGACAUCAACGACAACCCACCUGUGUUUGAGGAACAGUCGUACAGCGCAUAUGUGACUGAAAAUAACAAACCUGGCUCCACUUUAUGUUCCGUUACUGCUCGAGACCCCGACUGGAGACAAAACGGUACAGUGAUUUAUUCUCUGUUAGCUGGUGAGGUGAACGGUGCCCCGGUGUCCUCCUAUCUGUCUGUUAACGGAGACACGGGGGUGAUCCACGCUGUGAGGUCGUUUGAUUAUGAACAGUUCAGGAGCUUUAAAGUCCACGUGAUGGCCAGAGACAACGGUUCUCCUCCGCUCAGCAGCAACGUGACCGUCAGUGUCUUCAUAUCAGAUGUGAACGACAACUCUCCUCAGAUACUGUACCCCGCCCCGGAGGGCAACUCCUUCAUGACCGAGCUGGUCCCCAAAGCUGCACACGGAGGCUCUCUGGUGUCCAAAGUGAUAGCGGUGGACGCGGACUCCGGACAGAACGCCUGGCUGUCCUAUCAUAUAGUGAAAUCCACUGAUCCGGGACUUUUCACUAUUGGUCUCCACAGCGGAGAGAUCAGGACACAGCGGGACAUUUCUGAAUCUGACAGCAUGAAACAGAACCUUAUUGUGGCAGUGAAAGAUAACGGACAGCCCUCUCUCUCUGCCACCUGUUCCAUGUAUUUACUUAUUUCUGAUAACUUGGCUGAGGUGCCAGAACUGAAGGAUAUUUCUUAUGAUGAGAAGAAUUCCAAACUGACCUCUUACCUGAUCAUCGCUCUGGUGUCUGUGUCCACCUUUUUUCUGACUUUCAUCAUCAUCAUCCUGGGUGUGAGGUUUUGUCGCAGGAGAAAGCCCAGACUGUUGUUUGACGGAGCAGUCGCCAUCCCCAGCGCUUAUCUGCCUCCUAAUUACGCAGAUGUUGACGGCACAGGAACUUUACGCAGCACUUACAAUUAUGACGCGUACCUGACAACAGGUUCUAGAACCAGUGACUUUAAGUUCGUGACAUCUUACAAUGACAACACACUGCCUGCUGACCAGACUCUGAAGAAAAGUCCAUCAGACUUUGCUGAUGCAUUUGCGGAUUGCGAUGCUUCCCCAGAGGUAGGGAGACAUUUUAAGAUCAAUAUACGCUACUUUGUAGCAGUGGUGCUCUUUCUAUCAGUUAAAAUGGGAUAUAACGGACUCGCGCUGCGGUACGGCCUUGCUUUUAUUUUUCUUGCCUUCCACCUUGUUUGUGGAGAUGUGAGCUACUCUGUUCUGGAGGAGAUGAAACGUGGAUCUGUGAUUGGAAAUAUCGCUAAAGAUCUGGGACUAGAUUUGGGCAGACUGACCGCUCGCAAGGCCCGUGUCGAUACAGAGGACAACAACGUUCAGUACUGCGGUGUCAAUCUCAACACCGGAGACUUGAUUGUUCAAGAAAGGAUUGACAGAGAAGGGCUUUGUGCCAGAAAGGCAUCGUGUGUUCUAAAACAGGAACUCGUUCUGGAAAAUCCAUUAGAGCUGCACCGUAUUAGUAUCCGUGUACAGGAUAUUAAUGAUAAUUCACCACAGUUUAAAGAAGAUUAUUUUAAGAUUGAAAUACAUGAAAUGGCAGUCAAGGGCUCGCGAUUCCUUCUUGGAGAGGCGCAUGAUGCAGACAUCGGAGAAAAUGCUGUUCAGGGCUACUCCCUUCAGCAGAAUGAUCACUUCAAAUUGGAUGUAAACAGAAAAGCAGGUGGAAGAAAAUAUUGUGAAUUAAUUUUAGAGAAAGAAUUAGACAGAGAAGACAAAAGAGAGAUCAUGCUCUUGCUAACUGCAUUUGAUGGUGGCUCUCCUCAGAGAUCAGGUACUGUAGCCAUACACGUCACUGUCCUGGAUGCUAAUGAUAAUGUACCAGUGUUUAGCCAGACCGUCUAUAAAACCAGUCUGCCUGAAAACUCUCCUCUAGAUACGUUGGUGAUCACAGUGAGUGCAAUUGAUGCAGAUGAGGGAGUGAACGGUGAAGUUACUUACGGAUUUGAUCAUGUUUCAGAUGAAAAUGAUAACGUGUUUUCUUUACACCCCAAAUCGGGAGAGGUGAGAGUAGCUGGAGCUAUUGAUUAUGAGAAAGUGUCAUCCUAUGAUAUGCAGAUCAGCGCCAAAGAUGGUCUGGGUUUAGUUUCAUAUGCUACGUUAAUGAUUGAAAUUACUGAUAUAAAUGAUAAUGCUCCAGUGAUAUUUCUGAAAUCACUGUCUAAUCCCAUACCUGAGAACGUGUCACCUGGUACAGAGGUGGGCAUCAUUAACGUGCAGGACAGAGACUCUGAGAAUAACAGACAGGUCCGCUGCUCCAUUCAGCAGAAUGUCCCUUUUAAGUUGGUUCCUUCUAUUAAAAACUAUUAUUCUCUGGUGACCACAGGACAACUGGACCGUGAACUAGUGUCUGAUUACAACAUUACAAUCACUGCCACUGACGAGGGCUCUCCACCUCUGUCCUCCUCUAAAACUGUUGAGUUAUCUGUAGCUGACAUCAACGACAACCCACCUGUGUUUGAGGAACAGUCGUACAGCGCAUAUGUGACUGAAAAUAACAAACCUGGCUCCACUUUAUGUUCCGUUACUGCUCGAGACCCCGACUGGAGACAAAACGGUACAGUGAUUUAUUCUCUGUUAGCUGGUGAGGUGAACGGUGCCCCGGUGUCCUCCUAUCUGUCUGUUAACGGAGACACGGGGGUGAUCCACGCUGUGAGGUCGUUUGAUUAUGAACAGUUCAGGAGCUUUAAAGUCCACGUGAUGGCCAGAGACAACGGUUCUCCUCCGCUCAGCAGCAACGUGACCGUGAGUGUCUUCAUAUCAGAUGUGAACGACAACUCUCCUCAGAUACUGUACCCCGCCCCGGAGGGCAACUCCUUCAUGACCGAGCUGGUCCCCAAAGCUGCACACGGAGGCUCCCUGGUGUCCAAAGUGAUAGCGGUGGACGCAGACUCCGGACAGAACGCCUGGCUGUCCUAUCAUAUAGUGAAAUCCACUGAUCCGGGACUUUUCACUAUUGGUCUCCACAGUGGAGAGAUCAGGACACAGCGGGACAUUUCUGAAUCUGACAGCAUGAAACAGAACCUUAUUGUGGCAGUUAAAGAUAACGGACAGCCCUCUCUCUCUGCCACCUGUUCCAUGUAUUUACUUAUUUCUGAUAACUUGGCUGAGGUGCCAGAACUGAAGGAUAUUUCUUAUGAUGAGAAGAAUUCCAAACUGACCUCUUACCUGAUCAUCGCUCUGGUGUCUGUGUCCACCUUUUUUCUGACUUUCAUCAUCAUCAUCCUGGGUGUGAGGUUUUGUCGCAGGAGAAAGCCCAGACUGUUGUUUGACGGAGCAGUCGCCAUCCCCAGCGCUUAUCUGCCUCCUAAUUACGCAGAUGUUGACGGCACAGGAACUUUGCGCAGCACUUACAAUUAUGACGCGUACCUGACAACAGGUUCUAGAACCAGUGACUUUAAGUUUGUGACUUCAUACAAUGACAACACACUUCCUGCUGACCAGACUCUGAAGAAAAGUCCAUCAGACUUUGCUGAUGCAUUUGCGGAUUGCGAUGAUUUCCCUGAG